CCCAAAACGGUUCUACAGUUUCUCCCAAAACAGGGGGAGGGGAUUUACCAAUGGGGUUGUCUGGGGAUGGCAAUGGCGGCGGCGGCAGCUGUAAGGAAGACAAUGCCAGUGAAGACACCCUGGCGACCGGCGGCUGUUCAACGCCGAAAGGUCCAAGGUUCAGGAUUCCGGAGAAGUUGUCAUGUCCACCGGCUCCAAAGAAGCCAAAGUUAUGCUCCAAGGGGGAAAGUUCUCCGGUUGUAUUCUACACUUCUCCCGACAUAGAGGUAUUCUUUGCAACUCGUCCCGAAGAAAAGAAUUGCUCAAGAAAACUACCUCUCUAAUUAACUUCUUUGUAUUGUAUAAUAAGUUCAAGCAUCACACUUGAAUUUUGGGUGAACAAACUGUGACUCUAGUGUAGCCUUUAGGCUUUGGCUCUCUAAUUUUCUCAAAUAAAGACCUUCAAUAAGAAUAGGACUUAUUA